AUGAAAAACGUCUCUCGAAGUACGACACAGGAUAGCAUUGGCCCAGUACGCUUAGAUGCCUUGUCUGCCGCUGCGGAAUCUUCAGCAUUCAAUUCAUCUCUCACAUCGUCCACUUUUGCGCCGAAACCCAGCGACAAAAGGUCAGCCAACCUAGAACGUCCCAGUCAGUCGCUGAGGGGGAUGAGUAUUGCAUGUGAGGAGAACCACAAUUCUCUUGCUGCCGACCUUGAGGACAUGUUUGACGAAGCCUUCAGGAAUGCCGGGGUUAUAGCAGAUAAUGCAUUCCAAGAAUCUCUGGCAGCCUUUCAUCAUAAAGUCAACAAUGAACCUGCAUCAACAAUGGAUUCUCUUCUAGGCUUCUCGGCGGGAGACAGACAGCGUCGUACGAUCAGCUACGAAAAGCUUCUUUAUACCAUGACACUAGAACUGGUAGAAAUGUUAUCGAUUCGGUUUGGUAAUCUUGGGUGCUAUCAGCUUGGUGACUCGACUGCGAGAUUCUACGCUGUCAGUCUCGCAAAUGAUGACACCCCAACGAUGUUUGAAUCCACGGCGGCCCAAGAAGCUGACCCUCUGGUUGACUUUGACGCCCAUCGGAGUACCCAACUCAUUGAAGUGUGGUUUUCGGUCCAUCCGCUAUCGAAUAUCAUGUCCAAGACCAUGUUCUUACGCAACUAUAAAAGCAACAACCAUGACCCAGCUCUAUUGGCUGUCAUGCUUGCAGAUGCUAGCUACGUGCACGAAAACGAUGCGACUGGAAGCAAGAAGGAGGCGCUUUUUAGGUGGACGGCGAUGCAGUUACGUGAUCGGCCAGCCCAAAAUUGCGGCCUUUCGACCGUCCAGGUCCUAAUGCUGCUUGGCUGGCAUGAGCUCUGCCUUUCACGAGCUAGGCGAGCGACUUGCUAUUUGGGAUAUGCCGGCAGAAUUGUUACGAGGCUCCAGAAGAAUGUGAUCCAAGCACCCGAGACUGGACGCAGCCAGAUCAACGGUGUUGACGUGGCUGAGGUGGAAGCUGAACUUGUGCGCAAUAUCUAUUGGCUUACCUUUUCUAUUACGCUUUGGUCUUUCAUGCAGAUCGAUCAGCCCUAUCCCCAGCUGCUGCCCAGCACGGUACCUACCGAAUUUCCACCUGUGGACGAGUCAUCGUCAGCAGUCGUAAAAUUAGACAUCGUCUCGGACAAUGUUUCAACAUUGGCAAAGCAGUCAAGAAUGAUCCAGGAGCUGUGGCCUCUUAGUCACAUUGCGUCAACCACCGCCCAUAUUUAUGCUCUCCUUCCUCGGGAGCAGGAACCGGACGAAGCCUCCCAGUCUGUUUCCUGGCAAGCGCGACCUCUCCAUCAGCUUCGUCGCCUGCUCAGCCUAAACCAAGACAUUUCGAGUCUCUGCACAAACGUCCGAAAGGUGUUGGUCAACGCGGUCAAAGUGCUUGAAGUCAAAGUAGAAAAUGCACUAUCGAAAGCACUGGUCUUGACCGCUUAUCACACCACCAUUAUUCAUCUACUAUUUCCUCGCUUGGACUCCGCAGACGAACGCGUCUACGUGUCAGAAGAGCUCUUGGAGGACUUCUGCACCUCUAGUCGAAGCUUGCUCGAACUGUUUUCAGUCGCCGAUGCAGAACAUGAUGGUAGUAAUCUAAUCACUAGGAUGCGAAGCUCUACCUUUGCCGAUGUUUUUGUGUUAGGUUUAGAUGUCUGCGGCAGAGCCAUUGAAUAUUUUCACAUACGCUCUCAAGAAGCUUCAGAGUUGGAGCGUAAAAACAUAUCAAAAAAGGCGGUGGAUAUAGAGUUGAUCAGUUCUCAACUGCACAAAAUAUCCAAGAGCGAGACGUUGUUAACAGCAAAGAAUCUGAGACCAGUCAAGAAGAAACUCAAAGAGGUCAAGCUACGUUUUAGCCACGCUGACGCUCUUUACGACACAGAGCCUCCUUCCUCGAUAAAUAGUGACAUAGGCAUAUUCCCUGAUAGUGGUGGCUCUACACUCAAGCCAAUGCCCACGCCCACCACCAGUGCCCCCCUUUUCCAGGCUAUUCAAGGUAUACCAGAAUUGCAGCUGGAUGUUCCAAUUCAAGGAUUAUUUCCACAGGAAUUUAGCGCCCCGCUUCCCGAAGGCUGGCCCAAAGCCUCAUCCUUAGAUUUUGGAUCGGGGCCAUCUGAUAUAUCGAGUAGGGAUAAUCAGAUUGACUGGACAAGGGAACAAGGCAUUCAGAAGUACAAUAAUGAGUACAAUGACGCUGGCUUGGCUUUGCAUGGCAAUUUACAUGAUGAUCCUGGUAGUCUAGCUCUUUUGAGCGGAGGUCCAUCAGGGCAUAUCAACUUGGCAGGAUUUCAGCAAGAGUAUCACCAGAUAGCUUCAGCUCCAGGACAGAGCGAAUUCAGGGCCAGUGAGAUAGCUGCCGGCUCAAUGGUUCCUCGAUUGAGUAUACCCGAGGUCGGGAUGGGGAUAGAUCUCUUUGAUCUUGGUGUUCUGGACGGCGCUGAAGGCUGGCCGCCGGGGACUAAGUCUUAG